AAUUAUCCUGCAAAUGGAUUGAUGAAAAAUACAAUUAGUUAUCAGAAAUGAUCGUCGUUCUACGCAUCGUUGCAUUGUGUUGGUUCACGUUACGACGAUCAUAUGCCAUCGAAGUCAUACCUGCCUCGUACGCUUGGAGCACGUUCACAGGACCCGUAUCCGGCGAAGUACAAGAAGUCAAACCGUGGACUCCAUCUCAUCCGUCGGCAUCUUCUUAUUCAGAAUUCGAAGGUGGAAACGAAGAUAGCGAGAGUUAUGGACCAAAUUACGUGGCGAAACCGCACUACUCGUUCGCGUACGGCGUGGAAAACCCGAACACCGGCGACAGUCACGGUCACUCCGAGACGCGGGACGGUUCGCACGUGACCGGCGAAUAUUCCGUAAUGGAACCGGACGGCGUGCUCAGACGUGUGCUGUACACGGCCGACCCCAAAAACGGUUUCCGAGCAUCCGUCCGGUACGUCCGACCCGACGGCGAGGAGUCGUCCAACCGCGACCACGGUUUCCUCAGCGGCGGAUCAGACCGGUCACCCGGGCCUCCUCCGCACCAGCAGCAGCAACAGCAGUCCGAGUACGAGUCUGACGGCGGCGGUGGCGACGACGACGAUCCGCGUCCGUUUUCGCUGCAACCGCAAUCGCUGAAUCUGCCGUCCGAGUACGAGUCGGAAGCUGACGAGGAACCGUUCGCGCCGCCGCUGCCGCGACCACAACCGCUGUCGUUAAACUUUGGUUUCGACGUCAACCACAACAGCAACGUCGGGAACGACGACGACGACGACAGCAACGACUACGGCGGCGGAGGCGGUGGCGGCCGCCCGUCCGGGUUCAAGUUCCCGUCGCCGUCCAGUUCGUUCUUCAAGGCUUCCGACGCGGUUAAUGGUGCGUCGACGAAAACUGGCCCAAUAUUUUAAGUUUGCGGACUGAAUUUUUCGUUUUUUUCACUAUCAUUAUUCUAUAUCAUGUCAUUAUUUCAGGGGACAGACACGCUUCUAGAGGGUCAGAGUACGCCCUGCGCCCGCGAUUGUUGUGUGCGAUACGAUUGGCGUGUUAUAUACUAAAAUAUUAAGAUGUUAUUAGAGCUAGGAUUUUGUGGGUCUAUGAUAAAUCACGAGAACAACAGCAUAGUACUCA